AUGGACGCUAAAGAUUUGAGCUUGGACAGUUUGAUCGGGUCGGCGGCUAGAUGGUACAAUCAAUUGAGUCGGGCCAACAUCCAUUCAUGGAAAGAUUUGCCGCAGGCCUUUAUAAAGCAGUACAGACAUGUGAUGGAUAUAGCACCCGAUCGAAUGAGAUGGAGGGAGGUGGCAGUGCAAGUUCAACCACCACUUUUAGAGAAAGAGAUAACCAUGCUUUUUAUCAAUACUUUGAAAGCUCCAUUUCUCAAUCAUAUGUUGGGCAGUGCCACUAAAAGCUUUUCAGACAUAGUGAUGUCUGGAGAAAUGAUAGAGAACGCCAUAAGAUGUGGCAAGAUAGAAGCAGGAGAAAGCACUAAAAGGUCAGCACCAAGGAAGAAGGAGCACGAGAUAAACAAUACAAGCACAUUUAACAAGGACCAUUCUAAAUCAAUCACAGUGGGACAAGCAAGAGCAGUAACUGCUAAUCAGCAAGGUUCUUCGAAACAGGAAUCUAGUCCAAGGCCAAAUGUAGAGAGACCUCAAUUCACACUCAUCCCAGUGACGUAUAGGGAGUUGUACCAGAACUUAUUUGAUGCACAUGUGGUAUCUCCAUUUUACCUAAAACCUAUGCAACCUCCAUACCCUAAGUGGUAUAACGCAAACGCCCAAUGCGAGUAUCACACGGAAACUAAGGGGCACUCGAUUGAGAACUGCACUACACUCAAGAAGUUAGUUGAAAAACUUAUCAAUUUGGGGAUCGUAAAGAUCGGUGACUUAUCAGGACCAAACGUAGCAGGGAAUUUGUUUCCCAAUCAUGAUGAUAAAGGGGUGAAUGAGAUAAUUGAGAAUGGAGGAAGGAGAGUUAAAGCCAAUGUAGCAGAGAUAAAGACCCCCAUCGAAUGGGUUUGGAAACAAAUGAUGAGAGAAGGUCUCAUCAAGCAAGAUUCAAUAAAAAGGUCUGAAGGAGCAAGGAAAUUUUGUGAGCUCCACGCAGAAGAAGGCCACGACAUCCAAAAAUGCACUGAGUUCAGAACCAUGGUGCAAAACUUAAUGGAUAACAAAGAGUUGGAGUUUUAUGAAGAAAUCAAGGGACAGAGGGAGAAGUUUAUGCUUCAGAGGAAGGAUCUGAGGGGAAAGCACAAAAGGAUAAUUACCCAGUGCAAAAAGGUUCCUUGGAAUUACGACUGCAAUGUGACAAUCACAGGAAAAGAGAGCUUGGUAAAUGCUUCAGAAGAGGACGAAGGAUUCUAUACACGAAGUGGAAAAUGCUAUGAUCCGGCAAAUGCAAGAGUGGAAUCUGGAAAAGGAAAAGCCUUAGCAGUUGAGCUGGGAAAAGCAAAAAUGGACAAAAUUGAAUCGCAUGUCAAUCAGCUAGUGCUAAAUGAAACUUAUGUCGCUAGCGAUAUCUCAGUGAUUAAGUUGGACCGCUUGGUUAACAAUAUAAGUGUCGACAAUUUCAUUUUCUUUAAUGAUGAUGAAAUACCGCCGGGGGGAAGAGGAGCCACCAAAUCCUUACAUAUCACCGCUCGUUGCGGGGAAUAUACGUUGUUGGGUGUGCUAAUUGAUAAUGGAUCGGCCUUGAACGUCUUACCCUUAUCCACCUUAAGCAAGUUACCAGUGGAUAGCUCUCACAUGAAAUCAUGCCAGAAUAUAGUGAGAGCAUUUGAUGGUACCGAAAGGAGGGUGAUGGGAAGAAUAUAA